GGCGCCGUUUCUUUUCUUCGUACUAAACGGGCAAGUGCGCGUUGGGAGAAUACGAGUCGUGAACAGUCUCGAAACUUUAGUGACUAACACUGUUUAACUUUAACCUUCAGGAGGAAUAUACAUCGGCGGUUUUCUAACUGGGUGAAGGUGGUGUUUUAAACCGAUUCGGUGUGUUUUAAACGUGUGUUGGACGCGUAAACAGCGUAAAAGAGGAGUUGUGGGUGGGUUUGACGGUUAUGGCAGCACCGCGACCCAUUAAAGGCAUCCUAAAGAACAAAUCCAGUAUCAAAGCGCGACCUGAAGAACCAGUUAAGGACACACCAGAACCAGCAGCCUAUAUAAACCCUGACGACGACCAACAGAAAAAGUCACAGAAAUGGGAUGAAAUGAACAUUUUGGCCACAUAUCACCCAGCAGACAAGGACUAUGGGUUGAUGAAGAUAGAUGAACCAAGCACGCCAUACCACAGGAUGGUCGGCGAUGACGAGGAUGAGGGGGCGCUCAGUGACUCGGAAGGAAAUACAGUCCUACCCGGAGAUGACCUCGCCAAAAAACUGGAAGCCGCAGUGGAGGGAGCUGAAUCUCGCUUCAUGAGGGACCAGGAGGAUGAGAGCAGUGAGGAAGAAGAGGAGGAAUUGAGUCCGGAGGAGCAAGUCAGAAAGAAGGAAUUCCAAAUGAUGAGAAAGAUGCAUUAUAAUGAAGGCCUGAACAUCAAACUAGCUCGACAGCUAAUCGCCAAUGAGCUGGAAGAGGAGGAAGAUGAAGACGAAGAAAUGAAGGACGACACAGAGGCCGAAGACAUCACUGUCGACCCACCUCAAGACGCUGAUUCUCUAGAUUCCUAAGAAUGUCAAGACUUGUCCUUCAACUCCUGCCUUGUCACAUGAACCUUUAAAAGGCACAGUGUUGUCACCGGUUCAGCGCCAGGAUUCCUUUCUACCUUGUGUAUUCCACCGACACUGCAAUGCCACACAUAUCAACCAGCUCCUUCAUUUGCCAAACGUUUCUUGUCAUCAUGCUAACAAAACAAGACUGUUAUCAGACAUUUUGAGGUCAGGGGUCCACCCUAUUCCUGGCUGAAGAGCAUGGGAGCUCCAUACCUAACAACCGCCAGGCUACCGAGAAGUGCGUUUGUUCCCAGCGCUACCUGAACAUGGCUGACGGUAGCAGAUCCACUUCAACAUGCCCUCCUUUAUCCUGAUCUAAUGACUUCCCGAAUGAAACGCACUGUUCUUGUUUCCAAACACCAGUUUGUUUUCAUUGAAUACCAACCAAUAAUGCAACUUAAAGGUGGUUUAGCAUGCACUGGUUGUAAGUUUGAGAUUUAAAUCAAGAGGACUGUGUGCUCUUUGAGUCGGCUGAUACACGUGUGUAGUGUUAAACUGCUCAUAUGAGUUUGGCUCUAUGCAUGGCUAACAAGACCAUGUUGAGUUAUAUUGGCACUAAUUAUAUCUGCUCUGUGUAUACAUUGAUGGGUAAGUAUUACUUAACAAUAAACUACUGAUCAAUAAAUUGAACCUUUUGAUUGUCUAUGUUGCUUUUCCAGAUUAAGACAACUGCUUUAAUAGAUGCUAAUGUUUUGGGUUGCCUUUUUUUCUAAAUGCCAUUCUGAAGUUUUGUUCUGUGAUCACUGUUUGAAUUAUACCAUAAUAAUUGAAUAAUUUUCCUGUAAUGUUUUGAUCAAUAUCUAAAUUCCACCUCAAAUAAUACAUAAUUUAUUGUCAUUUAUAUUCUUGAGUUAUUCUCACCCUCUGUUUUAUCACUUUAUAAUCAUGAAUUCUUGCUCACAGUAAAACGGGUGAAUUUUACAAAGUCCACCGUAUUUAAUUUGGCAUAUUUUAACUCGCAAAUCAAGUUAGAAUUGAAAAGGUUAUUAUUAAAUUAAUGCUAGUUGAAGAUUCCUCUCAUUGCUGCAAUGCAAAUAAUACUCUCAUCUUUGUUACUGUAAUACAAAAGAGAAUUUUUAAUGUAAAAAAAGUAUAUAUCAUGGUAGUAUGUGAUGCCUUUAUGCUGCUUAUACUGUACACUAAAAAAAUCAGCUUUGAGUUGAACUUCAAAUAAAACUGAAACAUCUCGAUGCAUUGCAUUAAAACGUUUAAACGACAUGAUAUACAAUGAUAACAUGAACCAGGCAGGUUUUGUAAAAUUUACCCAAAUAUCAUAUAGUUUGUGUGUGUUAUCAUAAAUGGCACAAUCAAUCAUUUAUAUCUUACAGUGUGUAGUUCUAAAGUUUCCACUGUUGUGGAUGUUGAAUGAGGAUGAAAAUUUCAUAUGUUGUUGUACCCUUGAAUGAUGCUUUAGACAAAUGUGUUCAGUUCUCUGUAUAAUGUCUUUAAAUUUGGUAAAGGCACGUAUUUCUUGAAGAGUUGCAUAUUUAAAUAUAAGGGACAAUGGAAUUAAAGUAAUAUUAUGGGUUCGAAAGUUAAACCUAUUUUACCAUCAUUUGUGGCUCCUUCAUGAAUUGAAAAAACAGGGUCACAGUUGAGGUAUUUACAUAAAUAUGAAAUGGCCCAGCACAUGAACUGUAAAAUAUAGGGGAGAGCGGGGAUGAACGUACAGUAACGUUUUUUUGGUUGCCUCAAUCGCUCAAAAAAUGAAGCUUGAUUAAUCAGAUUUUUACAGAAGCAACAUCCAUAUCUCUGCUACAAAUGAACACUUAAAGAUACCGCUCUUGUACUAUUACAGCAUAAGUGACAGAAGUGCAAACGUUACAACUUACCCCAUGGGUGGGGUUCAUUGUACCAGACAGAGGGUUAGUUGUAACACUUGCUAGAAAAUUCUGUUCAA